AUGCCGGACCACUCAACGGCUUAUAUAGGAACUGCCUUUGUGGCUGGUGUAUGCUUGGCUCUCACAUAUCAGGAGCUAUCACGUCCAAAAUGUGAAGAAACAUCGAAAGAGCAACCAUCACGGACAAAGGACCUGGAAGCCCGAGCCGGUCCGCCAGCUAUUGUUGAAGGAAUUGAAGGAUGUAUCGGAAACACGCCUCUCUUCCGGAUAAAGUCGCUAUCAGAUGAAACCGGAUGUGAAAUACUCGGUAAAGCAGAGUUUCUCAAUGGAGCUGGCCAGAGUUCAAAAGACCGAGUAGCAUUGAGCAUGAUCCAGAUUGCCGAAGAACAAGGUAUCCUAACGCCCCAUGCAGGCGAUACCAUCUACGAAGGAACAUCUGGAUCAACUGGUAUAUCACUAGCAACACUUGCCCGCGCAAAGGGCUACCUGGCCCAUAUUUGCCUCCCUUCAGACCAGGCAAUAGAAAAGUCCAAUCUGCUUCUCAAGCUCGGAGCCAUUGUGGACCGGGUACCACCGGCACCAAUCGUUGAGAAAGACAACUUUGUCAAUCGCGCUCGGGCACUGGCAAAGACGCACACAGCCUCUUCCGGACUUGAGCCCACGUCAGAAGACGAUCUUCCCACCGAUGAGAGCAUGACUCGUGGCCGCGGCUUUUUCGCCGAUCAGUUCGAGAACGAAGCUAACUGGCGCGCGCAUUAUGAUGGUACUGGUCCGGAACUGUAUGCUCAAUGCGAUGGUCGGAUCGAUGCUUUCGUGGCCGGGGCGGGGACUGGCGGGACGAUUUCCGGCGUGGCACGGUUCCUGAAGCCUUUGUUGCCUAAGCUUGAAGUUGUCUUGGCUGAUCCCCAAGGAAGUGGAUUGUUCAAUCGUGUGGUUUAUGGCGUUAUGUUCGACGUGAAAGAGAGAGAGGGCACGAGGCGUCGUCGUCAAGUUGACACAAUUGUUGAAGGAAUCGGAAUCAACCGUGUUACCGCUAAUUUCGAGGCUGGCAAGGAGCUGGUUGAUGACGCAGUACGCGUGACUGAUUCCCAGGCUUUGGCUAUGGCUCGCUGGCUUGUUGAGAAGGACGGCAUCUUUAUUGGUAGUAGCAGUGCGGUGAAUUGCAUUGCUGCUGUCAAGACAGCAAGGCGGCUGGGCCCUGGACAUAGAAUCGUCACAGUACUUUCCGACUCUGGGUCACGGCAUCUGUCUCGAUUCUGGGCCAAGGCUGGAGACGUCGGUGGGGCCACAGACACAAAACUCGAGGAUGUAAUGAAUGCUAGGGAUGAAGACUUCGAAUAG